CCCGUCCGUGAGAUGUAUGAGGCACUUCCGCUUGGUGGAGCGCAUCUGCCGGGGUGUGUGGAACGCACACUUGCGGUUGCCUAGCAACAACUGGGGCGGAAGCCGGGCGGAGGAAGGAUCGUCAUCUCCGGCGGGCGGAAGUCAAGGGGAGAGACCGCGGGCGUACACAUGUGUCUGAUGGGGUACAAAGGUGGGGAUUGCACAGUAGUGAAGAAGACAUCCAAUGAGUGUGAGACACCCAGCAGCCAUUCCCGUUUGUCAGAAGGACUAAGCAGAACCCAGAGCUCCAUUACGGUGCCUCCACCUCACUCACUGAUACAUGAAAGACACAUUGACCAGAAGAUCCUUGAACUCACCAACAAGAUCAUUCAUCUGCUGACUGGAGAGGAGGAGGAGUAUAUAGAGGAACACAGGGGUCUGUACAAGGACGUGAUGAUGGAGAAUCACCGGCCCCUCACAUCACUGGAUGGACCCAGUAACAGAGAUACCCCAGAGAGAUGUCCCCAUCCUCUGUAUUCACAGGAUUGUACAGAGGAGAAUCACAGGAUCCCACAGGAGGAUCAGGUAGAACGUCUAUCUGAUAUUAAAACAGAAGAUACAGAGGGAGAAGAAGAGACGUAUGUGACUGAUAUAAAGGCAGAAGAUAUAGAGGGAGAAGAAGAGACGGAUGUGACUGAUAUAAAGGCAGAAGAUAUAGAGGGAGAAGAGACGUAUGUGACUGAUAUAAAGGCAGAAGAUAUAGAGGGAGAAGAAGAGACGUAUGUGACUGAUAUAAAGGCAGAAGAUAUAGAGGGAGAAGAAGAGACGUAUGUGACUGAUAUGAAGGCAGAAGAUAUAGAGGGAGAAGAAGAGACGUAUGUGACUGUUAUAAAGGCAGAAGAUAUAGAGGGAGAAGAAGAGACGUAUGUGACUGAUAUAAAGGCAGAAGAUAUAGAGGGAGAAGAAGAGACGUAUGUGACUGAUAUGAAGGCAGAAGAUACAGAGGGAGAAGAAGAGACGUAUGUAACUGAUAUAAAGGCAGAAGCUGUAGAGGGAGAAGAAGAGACGUAUGUGACUGAUAUAAAGGCAGAAGAUAUAGAGGGAGAAGAAGCGAAGUAUGUGACUGAUAUGAAGGCAGAAGAUAUAGAGGGAGAAGAAGAGACGUAUGUGAGGGGUGAUCAGCAGUGUAAGGAGGAGGAGAUCCCUACAGAUAUCGGCACAGCAGAUGGACACGCAAGCAGGAAUAUCUCAGAAGGACAUCUAAUGUUAUCCCCGGAUUGUGACAUAAAAGAUAAUGACAGCAGACAGGAUUCUCCAGGAGAUAACCCCAUUACCCCAAUUAUACAUCCAGCUCUAUCAGCUGAUCCCUCUGAUCCUGGGAAAUGUUCUCCUGAUCACUCUGAUAUUGGUGCAUCUGUUACAGCUCUGAGAGUAGAUACAGUGUUUCCCUGUUCUAUAGAUGCCAAAUGUUUUACACAGAACACAAAGCUUAUCACCCAUCAGGCAGCUAAGGCAGGUGAGAAGCCUUUUCCAUGUUCUGAAUGUGGGAAAUGUUUUACAUACAAAUCAUAUCUUGUUAGACAUCAGAAAAGUCACACAGGUAAGAAUACAUUUCCAUGUUCUGAGUGUGGGAAAUGUUUUGCACAUAAAUCAUAUCUUAUUAAACAUCAGAGAAGUCACACAGGUGAGAAGCCAUUUUCUUGCUCUGAGUGCGGGAAAUGUGUUACACGAAAAUCACAACUUGUUGCACAUCUUAAAAGACACACAGGUGAGAGACCAUUUCCAUGUUCUGAGUGUGGGAAAUCUUUUAUACAGAAAUCACAUCUUGUUAAACAUCAGCGAAGUCACACAGGUGAGAAUACAUUUCCAUGUUCUGAGUGUGGGAAAUGUUUUACACCCAAAUCGUGUCUUAUUAUACAUCAGAGAAGUCACACAGGUGAAAAGCCAUUUUCUUGCUCUGAGCGUGGGAAAUGUUUUACACGGAAAUCAAAUCUUGUUAAACAUCAGCAAAGUCACACAGGUGAGAAUACAUUUCCAUGUUCUGAGUGUGGGAAAUGUUUUACACAUAAAUCAUAUCUUAUUGAACAUCAGAGAAGUCACACAGGUGAGAGGCCAUUCCCAUGUUCUGAGUGUGUAAAAUGUUUUGGACACAAAGCAGAUCUUAUUAAACAUCAAAGAAGUCACACAGGUGAGAAGCCAUUUUCUUGCUCUGAGUGCGGGAAAUGUGUUACACGAAAAUCACAACUUGUUGCACAUCUUAAAAGACACACAGGUGAGAGGCCAUUUCCAUGUUCUGAGUGUGGGAAAUCUUUUAUACAGAAAUCACAUCUUGUUAAACAUCAGCGAAGUCACACAGGUGAGAAUACAUUUCCAUGUUCUGAGUGUGGGAAAUGUUUUACACCCAAAUCGUGUCUUAUUAUACAUCAGAGAAGUCACACAGGUGAGAAGCCAUUUUCUUGCUCUGAGUGUGGGAAGUGUUUUACACGGAAAUCAAAUCUUGUUAAACAUCAGCAAAGUCACACAGGUGAGAAUACAUUUCCAUGUUCUGAGUGUGGGAAAUGUUUUACACAUAAAUCAUAUCUUAUUGAACAUCAGAGAAGUCACACAGGUGAGAGGCCAUUCCCAUGUUCUGAGUGUGUAAAAUGUUUUGGACACAAAGCAGAUCUUAUUAAACAUCAAAGAAGUCACACAGGUGAGAAGCCAUUUUCUUGCUCUGAGUGCGGGAAAUGUGUUACACGAAAAUCACAACUUGUUGCACAUCUUAAAAGACACACAGGUGAGAGGCCAUUUCCAUGUUCUGAGUGUGGGAAAUCUUUUAUACAGAAAUCACAUCUUGUUAAACAUCAGCGAAGUCACACAGGUGAGAAUACAUUUCCAUGUUCUGAGUGUGGGAAAUGUUUUACACCCAAAUCGUGUCUUGUUAUACAUCAGAGAAGUCACACAGGUGAGAAGCCAUUUCCAUGUUCUGAGUGUGGGAAAUGUUUUACACAGAAAUCGCAUCUUUUUAGACAUCAGAAAAGUCACAGGAGAGAAUCCAUUUUUUUGCUCUGAGUGCGGGAAAUGUUUUACACAUAAAUCACAUCUUGUUAAACAUCAGCGAAGUCACACAGGUGAGAAUGUAUUCCCAUGUUCUGAGUGUGGAAAAUGUUUUGGACACAAAUCAGAUCUUAUUAAACAUUAUAGAAGUCACACAGGUGAGAAGCCAUUUUCUUGCUCUUAGUGGGAAAUGGUGUUUAAGUAAAUCACAUCUUGUUAUACAUCAGAGAAGUCACACAGAUGAGAAGCCAUUUCCAUACCCUGAGAAGUAAAUCAGCUCUUUUUGCACACAAUAGACAUCACUCAGGUGAGGAAACAUUUAAUCUUCUGGAGUAUACUUAUCAUUGCCCUGUGUUCUUCAAGGUUCUUAUCCUAUCUCCUAUGCUAUUUGCAAUAUACAUGCAACCGCAGGGUGAAAUAAUCAGAUGUCAUGCCCUCAUCUACUACUGCUAUACAGAUGACCUGUCUUUUGCUCCGGGUACUGAGAACCCAGUACCAAUCCUAAAUGGUUGUCUAGUUGAGCUCCAGGUAUAGGUGAUGCCAGUUGACUGUGACUCAGUCCUGGUGAAACAGGUACACAUGAUAGAAGCUCACCGUCAAAGGGCAGGGCUACAACUCAGCUUUGCAAACCAAUGCUUGGGGGUUCAGAGUUACAUAAUGCUGAUCCUGUGUGGAAUCUUGGUGUCCUGGAUUGUGGAGUGACACUUAGACAUCAGGUAUCAGCCACAAUCAGAUCCUCAUCCGAAGAACAUAGCCAGACUCCAGCACUUAUUUCCCUCAGAAGAUCUACCUACAGUCAUACAUGUACUUGUAUCAUCACACAUAGACUACUGCAAUGUCCUCUACCUGGGUCUCCCAGCAAAAUAAUUGCACCGUUUGUGGCUUGUACUGAAUGUAGCAGCCAGGCUUUUACCUAACCAGCCCGUUCCUGCCACACCACACCCAUUCUCUGCUCCCUUCACCGGCUGCCUGUAAGAUGGUGACUCUAUUACAUAAUCUUACUGACUCAGCCCACCAUGACCAGGGUCCAUGGUACCAGAAGCAGCUUCUGCCUCUUUACUGCCCUGCUUUCUAACUUCCACCUGCAGAUGAAGGACUGUUAACGGUACUACCAAGAAUCCCCAAGCAGUGCUGAGAUGUCAGGGGGGAGACAGGGUGGGUGGCAGUAGUGGGGAGGGGAGACAGGGCGUGCGACAGUUCGCAGCCACCAGGAGAAUAAAAUUCUGGCUUUCUUGACUGGGUGGGUGGCAGUAGUUGGGGGAGACAGGA